GACGAAUCAGGACAAAGUAGAAAAGCCAGCGGCUCCGGUUUGGCCGUGUGGUUCACCCUGGAUGGCACCGUAGCUCAGUGGCGAUCCCCCGAAAGACCAAGCAAGCGGAGUCCUGCCCUCCGCCUCUUGACUCUUCAUCAGUGCUGAGCUGUUCAACGCUACUUCUCUUCUUCCAAAUUACGAUCUGUUCAAACAAUUCAAUACCCUCGGCCUUUUCAGCUGGCCUGGUCGUCUUUACUGUAAAUCCUUUUUGUCUUUACCCUCAUUUGUCACUGCUUCCAUCUCAAAAUCUCAUUUCAUAAUGGCGCCUAUCAUCCACGCCGUUCGUCACGCCCAGGGCGUCCACAACCUUUGCACCGCCAACCACGUUAUCCCCGACCCCCUCCUUACAGAUCGCGGCCACGAGCAAUGCGCUAAAUUGCAAGCCACCUUCCCCAAGCACACCCAGAUCGAUCUGGUGACCGCAUCUCCUCUCCGCCGAACCAUCUACACUGCCCUCGAGAGCUUCGGGCCCGUCUUCGAGUCGCACCCGGGCAUGAAGCUGAUUGCGCUGCCGGACACCCAGGAGACCUCCGAUGUGCCGUGCGAUACUGGCAGUGAGCCAGAGGCUCUGCAGGAGGAGUUUGCGGGAAAGCCGGUUGAUUUAGAGCUGGUGCACAAGGGAUGGAACAACAAGGAAGGUCGCUAUGCGCCCACGAACCGGGCGCUGAAGGAGCGCGCGCGUGCUGCACGCCGUUGGUUGAAGGCUCGUCCCGAGAAGGAGAUCGUUCUCGUCACUCACGGUGGUUUCCUGCACUACUUCACGGAGGACUGGGAGGACAGCAGCCAGUACCAGGGAACUGGCUGGGUGAAUACCGAAUACCGCACCUACACUUUCACCGACGAGGCGCACAACGAGGAUCUGGAGGGCCACCCUCUGGACGGCGACAAUGCCACACUGACUGAGACUCUCGAGUCACGGCAACGGCGCGGCAAGGCCGGCCCCAUGCCUGACCGCGAGCAGCAGAAGACAUUGUACAAGCUCGGCACGCAGGGCUGGGACGACCAGGGCUUACAGAUGAGCACUGCCGAGCGGGAUGCUGCUAAGGUUCCUGGUGGUAAGGAGGUUGAUGGUGUUCGUGUAUAGUGCACGCACGCGUUCAACCUGGCCUAUGAAUUAUUGGAAUGAUAAUAGACAUUGGCAUUGUUCCCCAUUAGAGAUGCAGCCGUUUGGCACAUACAUCGAUGGAGUGUUGAUCAACAUACAGAUAGAUUGAUUGGAUGCACAUAGAACAAAAGUUACUAAAUAAGUAUGGAUUUCUAUCAAAAGUGUUUGGG